AUGAAUAAGACAAACCAAACCACCAUUGGGCCCUCAGACCUCAUCACAGUAUCAGCCACAUCACUUGGACCCAGCACUGGUGGCCGGGCAUGGCCUGUGCUGGUAGGGGUUGUGUUGGGGGCUGUGGUCCUCUCUCUCCUCAUUGCACUUGCUGCCAAAUGCCACCUGUGCCGCCAAUACCAUGCCAGUUACCAGCACCGACCACUGCCUAAGACAGGGAAGAGGAACUGCCCAGAAGUGGGUGAAGAUGAAGAUGAUGAUGGCUUCAUCGAGGACAAUUACAUUCAGCCUGGGGGUGGUGGGCUGGGGCCAGGAGGCAGCAGAGAUCACUUCUCUCUCUGA